GGGUUUUUUCACCGAUCGUUCCUUCCUCCCCAACCUGCGCCACCUCCAACUCCACUCAGAAAAAGAAAAAAAUGUUCUCAAAGCUUUCUCAAUCAAAUCCCUAAAUUAUAAACCAAUAAUCACCGAAAACCCAGAUUUUCAUUUGUCUCAAGUCCCGAGAUAUCAUCACAGACUCAGUCAUUCACUCACUCCUCCACUCGCUCGCUCAUUCCUAAUCUAACAAUGGACCAGUAUUCAUCCGAAGAAGAAGACGGCAGUCACAAAUUAACCCACCAAAACGACACCCCAAGAUCCAGUUUCCAUGUCGAAGAGGAAGAACCGCAAAUGCGACGUCGUCCUAAACUCGCCUUCAACAAAGGUUAUCUCUUCGCCCUCGUGCUCCCUCUCCUCAUCGUCUUAAUCUAUUUCUCCGCCGAUAUCGGCUCUCUCUUCACUUCUGACAUCUCCUCCUUCAAAUUCAAUACGGUGUCGGAUCGAACCAGAGAAUCUCAGCUCCAAGCUCUCCACUUGUUGAAUCAACAGCAAGGCUCUCUUCUUUCUCUGUGGAAUCACACUUUCGUUAGCUCUGAUAACAACAUCACGGCCGUCCAAUUUGAUGACAUCAAGGCCGCAUUACUCACUCAGAUCACGUUAAACAAACACAUCCAGCAAACCCUUUUGUCCCCUUACAAAACGGGGAAUACCCUUCAAAACGACACCGCUUUCGAUUCCAAUUUCGCCGGCCACGGUUUCCAGAGUUGCAGCAAAGUCGAUCAGAGAUUUUCCGAAAGAAGAACAAUCGAAUGGAGACCAAAACCCAAUAAAUUCUUGUUCCCGAUUUGCUUGUCGGGUCAGAUGAGCAACCAUUUGAUUUGUUUAGAGAAACACAUGUUUUUUGCGGCGGUUUUGAAUCGGGCAUUGGUGAUUCCGAGUUCGAGAUUCGAUUAUCAGUACAACCGAAUUCUGGAUAUCGAGCACAUUAACGAUUGUAUUGGGAAAAAAACUGCUGUACCCUUCGAAGAAUUCCUGAAAAUGAGGAAGCAUCACGCUCACAUUGAUAAAUUCAUUUGCUAUUUUUCGAGCCCGCAGCCGUGUUACAUUGACGAAGAGCAUUUGAAGAAGCUAAAGUCUUUGGGAAUUUCGAUGGGGAAAUUGGAGGCUGCUUGGAAGAAUGAGGAUGUUAAGAAUCCGAGUCGAAAGACGGUUAGGAAUGUGGAGGAGAAGUUUGGUUAUAAUGAUGAUGUUAUUGCAAUUGGGGAUGUAUAUUUUGCGAAUGUGGAGAGAGAUUGGGUGUCGCAACCAGGCGGUCCAAUUGCGCAUAAGUGUAAGGCAUUGAUAGAGCCGAGUAAGCUUAUCUUGUUGACUGCUGAACGGUUCAUUCAGACGUAUUUGGGCAGUAAUUUUAUCGCUCUUCAUUUCCGGCGACAUGGCUUCUUGAAGUUCUGCAAUGCUAAAAAGCCGAGCUGCUUUUACCCAAUUCCUCAAGCUGCGGAUUGCAUUACUCGAAUGGUUGAAAAAGCCAGCACUCCUGUUAUAUACCUUUCAACAGAUGCAGCAGAAAGCGAAACCGGUUUGCUACAAUCGAUGAUUGUGCUGAAUGGGAAGAUUAUACCACUGGUUAAACGGCCUCAUCAUAAUUCAGCUGAAAAAUGGGAUGCCUUGUUAUACAGACACGGCCUCGAGGGUGAUCAUCAGGUGGAAGCUAUGCUGGAUAAGACCAUCUGUGCUAUGGCAAGUGUGUUCAUUGGAGCCCCCGGUUCAACUUUCACGGAGGACAUUUUACGGCUCCGGAAAGACUGGGGAACAUCAUCUUUAUGUGAUGAAUACUUAUGCCAGGGUGAAGAUCCAAACUUCAUCUCAGGUGAUGAGUGAAGAAUAUGCAGAAAUAUCCCCCUCUCCCUGUCAUAACAUUAUAUAUAGUAUAUCAUAAGAGCAAUUAAGUGAUUACUGGUUAAUUUUACAACAUUCUUAGUGUAUUUCAUGAAUUUAACCCCCUAAACCUGAAUUCUUUUAUUGACUCUGUAAAUUACAACUCCAUCAGUUUAAAUAGUUGAGGAAA